AUCAGCUCAAAGCUCUAGACACCUCCAGACACACUUCACCGCACCUCCAUCAGCAAACCACCAGCUCCACUACCAGCAGCCUGCAGCCUGCAACCUCGAGUCACCACAGCAAACUACCACCACCAGCCUGAGACUGCAGCCUGCAGCCCACCUCCUCAGGUCACCUCCACCAGCAUUCCCACCACUGCCAGUCAACCUCCUUCAUCUACCACCAGCUCUAGCCCCAUGGACCUCAGAGUGUGUAUGUUGCUUGUGCUGCUGUGUGCUGCUCUCUGCUCAGCUGAGGUCCCUCAGGACUGUUGUCUCAGUGUGGCCCAGCAGCGCCCCCUACCUGCAAGACUUAUCCACAGCUACAAAUUGCAGGAGGCGGGGAGAGGCUGUGCCAUCAACGCCACUGUGGUCCAGAUGAAAGCUGGUAGACGCCUGUGCCUGCCCCACCCAGAGGGACACCCAUGGGUGCAGAGACUCAUGAGGGUGGUGGACCAGAGACAGCAGCCGUAGAUGGAGCUGUGCUCAAGUCCAAAUGUGUGUGUCGCCUGAUUCAAACACACUGAAUAUAACCACUGUGUUUUUAAUAAAAGUUUGUACCUGUGUCCUGUGGAA